AUGAUUAAAUAAUAUGAAGAAGAUAAUUUAUGUUGGGAAAAUUCUAGAAAUUUAACAGAAAAACAUGGAUUCAGAGAAGAAGAAAUUUCAUCAGAAAUAUUUGAGUUAAAAACUUUAUUAAUCGAUAUGCAAGAACAUGAAAAUAUAAAAAAAUUAAUAAUAUCAUAAAGAUAAAUAAUAAUAUUUACUGCUUCAAACAAAAUAUUCAGAUAAAGAUAUGAUAUAGAAAAUUAAAACUUGGAGUAAUUGUAGUUACCUCAAUCCAACUAAUCAUAUAAUUUGAUUAAUAUGUUUAGAAACAAGGAUAAUUAUAUUUAAAUAGAUAAUUUUUAUUUGGAUAAUACAGGAUAUCAUUGUAUUUUUACUAGUUUAAACGGAAUUAAUUAUUAUUUUAAUAUUAUUGAAAAUAAAAUAAGACAAAACUUAAAUAAAUUUACUAAAAAUAUAUCUUGCAUUACUUUUUAUGAUUAAUUUUGUAAUGAAAAUCAUGUUUAAAUGUUAAUUGGAACAUACGAAAAAGAAUUAUUCUUUUUUUAGAUAAAUAGAAAAUAAAACAAAAGCGAAAUAGAAAUAUAUUCAUUCUAAAUAGAUUCAAUAUAGUUGAAAAAUAAUAUAUAAAAUAUUUUCAUAUAUACAUUGAAUUAAUAAAAUAAUAAAUCAUAUACUUGCGUUUUAAUUGCGAAUAACUCAGCAUUUUAUUAUUUUUAUGAUUAAAAUCCUCUUUAAUAAAUGUUUAAAAAAUAUGAAAAGAAUAAAGAAAUUGUAGAGGAACUACCUUUUAAUUCUUCAAGUUCACUUCUAAUGAACAUUUGUUACUCUUAGAAAAAUUUCAGACCUCAUUCUAUUAUUUAUACAACAGGCGAAGCUUUAGUUUGCACAAAUAUAACUGAUUAUAAGUCAGAGCCAACUGAUGCAUUUUUAAGAAAUAUUAAUUUUUUAUCGUAUAAAAAAACUGUUGAAGAUAAUUAUAAAGUAGAAUAAGACUCAUAUUUAAUUGUUGAAUAACCUAUUUCUAUUGGAAUUACCGAAUUUCAUUAUUAUUUAUUACACACUGAUUAUUUAACUAUAAUGAGUAGAAUAAGUCAUAAAGUUGUAAAAGAAUAUAAUUUGUAAAGUACUUUAGGUAAAGUAAUAGGAAUGCAAUUCGAUUCUUAUUCUAAUGGAUUUAUAAUAUAUACUAAUAAAUGUGUUAAAAAAUUAGCGAUUAAUGAUGAAGAAAAAAAUGCUUGGUUUGAAUAUUUAAAUAAAAAUGAUUUUUAAUAAGCUUAUUCUGUUUGUAAAAAAUAUAAUUUAGAUACACUUGAAUACAUUGCAGGAUUAUAUGCUGAUUCUCUUUUUGAAAGUCAAGAAUAUUAAAUGGCUGCAGAAAAAUACUUUUUCUCAAACAAAAGUUUCGAAGAAAUUGUUCUUAAGUUUAUUUCUUGUUAAUAAACUAUAGAAUGUAUUGAAGAAGAAAGACUAAUAAAAAAAAUUAAAGAAGAUUAACUUAAACAUAGUUAUGAGUUUAUUUUUGAUUAUCAAAAUUAAGAAUUUCUUAUAAAUCUUACUGAAUUUUAAAAUGAAGAAAAUGAAAAAGUAAUUUAGCAAAAAGGUAUUAAUUAUGAUGAUCUUUUAUAGAAACUGAAAAAAGUAACAAUUAAUAAAAGUUAAUAAGUAAACUAGUUGAAAAAAAGUUUUUAGUAAUUUUUGCAAGAAAAUUUAAACGAAUUAGAUGAAUAAACUGUUUUUGAAUUGAUGUAAAGUCAUGGAAGAAUUGAUGAUUGUUUAAAAUUUGCUGAAAGUGUAUAAAAUUAUGAAAACGUAAUAAUUCAUUAUAUAAAUGAUUAAAAUUAUGAAAAAGUAUUAGAAUAUUUAGGUAAAAUUAAUUAAAAAGAUAUUGUUAUGGAAAUACUUUAUAAAUAUUGUCAUAUAUUUUUGUAAUAUAAACCUAAGGAAGUUAUUGAUUUUCUAAUAAAAAAUGCUCAGGAUUAUCAGUUUUCUAAAUUAAUUUCGGGUUUAAUGAAUAUAAAAUCUUCUUUUGGAUAUGGAAUUACAUUUUUGCAACAUUGUAUUGAUGAAUUAAAAAUAAAAGAUAAAAUUAUACACAAUCUAUAUAUUUUCUUUCUCGUAAGAGGUGGUGUAGAAUAUAAGGAUAUAUUGAUUUAAUACAUAAUGAAAUAUACAUAAGAUAAUGAUAAAAACUAAAAAGUUAUGUUUGAUUUUGAUUUUGCUCUACGUUUAUUUGAAAGAAAUGAAAUUCAUGAAUUAGUUAUGGUCCUUUAUGGUCUUAUGGAUUAUUUUGAGCUAGCAGUAAAUUUAGCUUUAUAAAAUAAUAAUAUUGAAUUAGCAAAAUAAUAUGCUUUAAAACCAAUAAGUGAAGACUUAAGAAAAAAACUUUAUUUAAAAAUAGCAAUUUAUAUGAUUAAAAAUAAUAAAUCAUAAGAAAUAUUAGAUAAUGAUUUACUUAAAAUUGAAGAUUUACUUCCUUAUUUUAAUGAGUUUGAUUAAAUUGACUUUUUAAAGGAAUAAAUUUGCAAAAAUCUUGAAGAGUAUAAUAAUUAAAUAGAAGAAUUAAAAGAUGAUAUGAAUAAUUAUAAUAAUAUGUCAGAGAAUUUAAAGAAAGAAAUUAGACUUUACAAUCAAAAAUUUAUUUAUAUUAAAGAUGAAAUAAAUUGUAAACUUUGUUUUGAAAAUAUAAUUGAAUAAGAUCAUUAUGUAUUUCCAUGCUUACAUGCUUUUCAUAGAACAUGUUUAGUAAAAUAAAUAAAAAACGAUACUUUUACUUUUCAAUACAAACAAAAAAUUAUUAUGCUCGAAGAUUAUUUAUAAAAAAUAAAUUUAACUAUUAAAAAUAAAUAGAAGGAAAUAAUACUUGCUUUUAAAUAAAAUAAUAAUGAUAACGAUAAUUAUACAUUUAAAAAAAUAUUUAAAAGUCUAAGCGGUGCCUUUCAACUUAAAAAAGCUAAUAAUAAAAAUGAAGUAGUUUUGUAAUAAUAACUUAUGAAUGUUUUAACUAAUGAAGAUAAAAUGGAGUUUGAAAAAAAUUAAUAAAUAAUUGAUAAUUUACUUUCUAGAGAAUGCUAUUAUUGUGGUAUAGAGUCAGUAGAAAGAGCAUUUAGUUUAUUUAAUAAUCAAGAAUAAUAAUCAUGGAAUUUUUGA